AUGACGCAACUAAAAUAUUUAAUGCUAGUUUCUAGACAAGGAAAAAUCAGAUUGAAGAAAUGGUACACGGCAAUGUCCGCUGGUGAAAAGACAAAAAUAGUGAAAGAUUUGACACCUACGAUUUUGGCAAGAAAACCCAAAAUGUGUAACAUAAUCGAGUAUAGCGACCACAAAGUGGUAUACAAGCGAUAUGCCAGUCUGUACUUUAUUGUUGGGGUAACGCCCGAUGUUGACAAUGAACUGUUGACCUUGGAAAUCAUCCAUCGGUUUGUCGAAACAAUGGACACUUAUUUCGGCAAUGUCUGUGAGUUAGACAUAAUAUUUAACUUCAACAAGGUUUACGAUAUUUUGAAUGAGAUGAUUAUGUGCGAUGGGUCCAUCGCAGAGAGCAGUAGGAAGGAAGUGCUGCACCAUGUGACCGUGAUGGACACCAUGGAGAGCAACGAGAAUCUGGAAAGGGUACUGAGUUAG